UUCACGGGAGUUUCCACUUCCCACAUCUAACCAAACCAAGCACUAAAAGUUUAUCAUAGCUAAAAAGCGAGUAAUUGAAACACCUUAUAACAUGAGGUUACAGGAUAUGGGUUCAAAUUUCAUUCAAAUCAAUUUAUAAUCAAGGCUAGAAGAGUAAUCGCUAUUGAUGGUGUGUAUACAUUAUACCCAUACCCUUGAUCCUUGGAACAUACUAGUUACAUGUGUCUCAAUCAGAGGCGCAAUUUUGUUCAAUUGUUAAGUCAACCAUUCACGGAUUAUGUUAUGUAUAAUGUUUGCUAAGCUCACCACUUUCCCAAAUUCAAGGUUACUUGCUACUCCAAAGUUAAAACACCUAUAUUUUUGGUGUUUUGAAAGAACAUUUUUUUUAGAAAAAAUCCUAUAGUGCUAUUCAAUCUUAUUGGAGGACUUCGUUAAAAAAAAAAAAAAAAAAAAAAAAAAAAAAAAAAAAAAAACAGAGCUCUCAGUCUUUAUUUUCUUCUAUUGGUUAACCGGUUAUUCCUUUUUCAACUCCAUUUCAGGUGUUAAAAAAGGUUGAUAAAAAUAGUAAAAAUGGCUGAAAUAACAGAGAAAUUAUACUAUGAUCAAGAGGAACAAAAUCAGGAAAAUGAAGAGGAAAAUGAGAAUGCGUAUUCAAUAAGGCCAGAUUCGUCGUUUCUUGUUGAGUUAAACUUGGUUAUGAUCAUUGCUUCCCUUAGUUUAUCCGAUCAAGAGGUAUUGGAAUAUGAGGAUAUGAAUGAGAUUAGUGUUAAAGAGCAACAAGAUUUUAAGGCCCUUGUAUCCAAGUUACGGGCUCGUAAACGUGGGUUCGACGAGCUUAAGAUUGCUGAUCGACAGGCAUCGCGAUCAAAGUUGCAAACCAAGGUUCUAGAUUCCAGGCAUGGGCGAAAAAUGUGAAGAGCUUCGUGUAUUUAUCUCAACUGUCGUGAUGGUCUCAAGCUUAUUCUGUACUAGUCUGGUAGUCUGAGUUUAAUGGCUGUAUAGUAUGAGUUAUUAGUAUUCACUUUUACGGAUUUUGGCUUGAUUAUCUUCAGUAAUCUUAAGUGUAGCUGCUCAGGGAUAGAAAGAGGAUGAUAUCCUAAUUCCUAAAUACAAGGUAUACAGACCCGUGAGACUUAUCUAAUUAUCUCCCAGUUCUUUGUAAAUCUUUAUGUAAAUAAUAGUAUAAUACACACAUGAAGUAUUAAAGUAACAGUUACGAGACUUACUACAGCAA